AUGUCACCACUAUCGCCCAACUCAACAGUACUUUGCCCCAGGCUCCAACUAAGAUUCCCAACUAACCCGGCCCCAGAAAGCUCUUGACCGGCUACGGACAUAUGUCCCUCCGCCAACCAUAUAUUCUUCCCUUCCCAUGCACUGUCGGGCAGCAGUACUGUUACUACUAUUUGCGGACAGAGCUGGCAAUUUGUGCGUAGCCUUAACGGUUCGUAGCGCAUCACUCCGCACAUUCGCAGGUCAAGUUGCUUUACCUGGAGGUAGGAGCUGUCAUACAGCUGUCCCCGGCCUUAUACCCCUCCAGAUAAUUAUUACUAAUCGCGCUUAUAGGGAGAAGCGACCACCCGGACGAAACACCGGUGCAAACUGCCCGGAGAGAAGCUUAUGAGGAGAUCGGCCUCCCGCUACAUUCGCAUCCGUUUCCCUCGCUGUUUUCUGUAGAGCACUUGACAGAGCUACCACUAUUCUUAGCGGGCACAAACAUCAGUGUGAGGCCGUGCGUAGCAUUUCUGCGUGACAUUACCAAAGGUCAAACAGCGGAUGUCAACGAUAGCCUCAUGCCGGAACUUAAUCCUAAGGAGGUUGCCAGUGUUUUCACUGUUCCGCUAGAACGCUUUCUAAUGAAUGACUACGAUGAUGAUGGUGCAACAAAAAAGUGGGACGACGUUCCAUGGUAUACUGGGGACUGGUUUAGUUGGGGUGGGAAGAAGUGGAAGUAGGCUUACAUCCCAACUAUCUAUUCGCCGCAACGAGAUCUUAAUUUGACGUGUAUCACAAUAUAGGAAUAAUGAAUUCCAAGCGCCAGUCUGGAGCGGUGCCAGGCUUUUGCGAUACAAAAUCUGGGGGAUGACGGCGAGGGUUCUAGUCGAUGCUGCGAGAAUUGCAUACGGGCGGGACCCAGAUUUUCCUUCUCCAAAAACAAUUGGAGAUGAAGGCUUUGUUGCGUCCUCUUUCGCUACAAGAGGAACGGGCGAUGAGGACAGUGCAGGGCCUGGAGGAUCGGGGAAGGGGCAAGAAAAUCUGUAG